AUGUAAAAGCAGAUGAUCUGCAUGUCCUUCUACCCUCUCAACUUUUGAUGCAGUUCACGGAUUCCACCAUUUUUUCAUCCAAUAGAAUUUUUUAAUAAAAUUAAAUUAAUUCUGAAAAUAUUAAUAAUUCACCACUUAUAAAUAAAGAGAGUAAGAACAUACGUAGUUUCAUACUUCUUCGAUUAAAAGAGGUUCUAGACAACCAAAAAAAUUAUGUACACUACCAUUCUUAGAAAAAAAAGUGUUGUAGUUCUUUUAUACUAGUACUGUCGUAAGCUUCAUUCAUUCUUACAGUAAGUUUCAUUCAUAUAUAUUAAUUUGAUCACAUAUAUAAUACAUAUAUUAAUAAUUCAAAAUAUAGUAUAGUUAAUUAGAAAAAGAAUCUUGUGUUGUAGGGUGGGAGAUAAAAAAAGAAGGUGCAGUAACUUUGUGCUGUCUUGUGCCUCAAUCAUUAUUUUCAGCUUAAGGUAAUAAUAAUUUUUAAUUUAGUUUUAUUAUAUUUACGUAAUUAUAUAAAUAUAAAUAUAUAUAUACAUAUAUGUAUUAGUUUUUGUCAAAUAUAAUAUAUUAAAAUUGAAAAUAUAGUAUAUGAAAUUCGAAAACUCUAUAUGUCUGAUAUAAAUUUUAUAGUUUUUUGAACAUUUAUAUUUUAGAGUUUUAAUCUAUAAAAUAUGCAUGUAAAUAAAUAAUAAUUAUAAUUGAAAAUAUAGUAUAGUUAAUUGGAAAAAAUUCUUGUUUGUAAGGUGGAAGAUAAAAAAGGUGCUAUAACUUUGUGUUGUCUUGUGUUGUACCUCAAUCAUUACGAAUUACUAGUUCUCACACAUCCGGUCACCCAAAAAAAAAUCCUUAGACAAUAAAAAUGAAACUCUCGUGUUGUGUUCUGUAUUAUGGAAAUUAAAACAAAAGUGCAGUAGUUUGUGUUGUGUGUACUGGUUAGGCUGUGUUGUGCAAUAUUCAUUUUGUCUAGCUUAAGGUUAUAUUAUCUUUUAUUUUCAUUUUGUUAAAUUGUAUCUAUUUAUUUAUAUUAGUUUCAAUUAUUAAUCGAAAAACUCUUGUGAUGUAGGGUGGAAGUUAAAAAAGACUGUCGUAGAUUUGUGCUAUCCUCUGCUAAUAGUGUUGUGCCUCAAUUCUCUCCAACAUAAGGUAAAUUACUUUUUAUUGUUAUUGUUAUUUAUAUUUAAUUAAUUAUAUUAAUUAUUUUUGUUCAAAUAUAAUAUAUCGUAAUAAGAAUAUUUAUUUGGAAAACUCUCUAUAUAUAUGAUACAUUUUGGUUUUUUUGAACGUUUUAUUUUAGAGUUUAAGCUAUAUUUUAUGCAUGUAAAAAAAUAAUAUAACUAUAUAUAUAUAUAUUAACUGAAAAGAGAAAAUGUGUCAUAUUUUAAUUCAACCUAUUAAAAAUUGAAAGUAUAUAUAAAAAGAGAGAUAUUUUGAAAAAUAUAUUUUCAAUGUAAAACAUAUACAUGUAAAUUAUUAGUAUAAUACUUUAUACUUGUAUCAAUUGGAAAAAGAUAUGUGUUACAUUUUAAUUCACAUAAAAUGUAAAACCGAAAAUAAAAAACAAAUAAAUAUAGAUGACAUUAUAAUUAUUUUUUUAGAAAGUAAUACAUUUAUUAUUAAGAUAUUAUUUCUAAAUUUAUCAGUCAUAAAUUAAUAUGAUUUUGUACGAAAAAAUGAUUUUGUAUUAUAAAAUCAAUAUAAACAUCUCCAUUUUUUUAAUAUAGAUUUUAUGGUUAAAUUUAAAUAUCAACUUGGAGAUCAUUUUAGGACAUGUGCUAUUCUUGAUUCCAACGGUCUUUGAUAUCUACCAAAAUCCACAUGCAUGUUUAACUAUCAAACUGAUUUUAAAUCUAUGUUUUCAUGUUUUGCUUAUAAAGAUAGUUCCUAAUUAGCUCGAUCUAAUAUUAUUUAUAAAAUUUUAAAAUUGUAGAUAUGACGUCAAAUCAUCGACAAAGUACAACAUUUUCUGAUGAAGAAGAUAUAAAUCUACCUACUGAAACGUCAGCACGGGUAAUUAUAUAUUAUUUUUUUAACGUUUUAGAAUAGUUAAUAAAUACUAAAAUAAAAUGAUUCAAAAUUGUGUAAAUUUAUAGAGGGAAGACAAUUUUAAAUGGAAUCCUAACCGAGAACGAGUAUUUAUUGAGUUGUACGAUCGAGCGAUUUCCAUGAGCGAUUAUCGUUUCAAAGAUCCUACAUCCGCUGGUAAAGAGUUUGUCGUUGCUAAGUUCAACCAAAUGUAUAAUAUCAGCGUAAACUACCGGUUCUUCAAAGAAAAACUUGAUCAGCUGAAAAGAAAAUACAAAAAGUACAAGCAUCUAAUGAAAAAUUCUACGGGUAUUUCGGUUGAUCCUACGACAUCUGUGAUAUCUGCGUCUGAUUCAUGGUGGAAAGAUCGUGAAGUAGAUAGGAUUGUAAAAUCAUUUAAACGAAAACCACCGGAGCUUUGGGAUGUGAUGCAACGAUGUUUCGUAUUAUACGACGUCCAAUCACAAUCUCAAUACUCCUUGCACCAGAGAAGAGAAGAGUUGCUGAAUGAUGGUCAAAAUAAUGAUGAAACUGAAACAUAUGGCGGUGAUAUGCAAGACACUCAGGUCCAGGAGACACAAGAAAGCGAAGAAGUCUAUCGCGUUAAUAUUGAUGAUGAAAUGCGUCAUUCAAAUCAGUUCACCCGUGAGAAUUUGCGUCAGAAUUCUUCACCAGCUGCUGAUCAUUUUCAGAUUCCUACUUCUAGAGUUCAACAACGAAGUGGACUAAGGCGUGGAAGUAGUUCACAAAGAGGUGCAGGAACCUCCCGGAUCGCUGCCAGGAGUGGAUCCCAAGGAAGUCGUAGAAAACAAUCAUUCGAGACAACUCUGACAGAUACGAUGACGGGUUUUAGAGAGUUUCAGCGCCAAAGUUUGCAACAACUACGUCCAAAUUCUUUUGAUGAAGAUGAUUACAGUGAAUUCGAUAAUGCGGUGAAGAUAUUCGAAUCAAUAGAUCUUCCAAAUGACACCAAUUUCUAUUGGGCGUGCAUUCAUGCAUUUAAAGAAGAAAGAUUUUGGCGUAAGUACUUUAUUGACAGAGCCGAAAGAACCACAGAAGAUAAGUUGAAGUUUUUACAAGCUCUUAGUGGAUAUACACCGGACGGCGAAUUCGUGGGAAAGCGGUUAGAAUCUGGCCAAAAGUUUGGUAGUCCAACUUGUGGGCAAUGGAAUUCUGGUUUUCAACAAUGGGGAACACCUCCAAGUGCCCCGCAAUGGGGAACACCGCCAAAUGCGCCGCAAUGGAGUUCACCUUCAAAUGCUCCGCAGUGUGGUCCACCGCCAAAUGCUCCACAAUGGGGUACACCGCCAAAUGUUCCGCAGUGGGGUACACAACCUUUUCCACAAUGGGGUGCGCCUCAAAAUUCUCAACAAUGGGGUUCAUCAACAAGUACUCAACAAUGGGGUCUUACAUCUGCUGUUCCUCAAUGGGGAUCAUCACCGACCACUCAUCAAUGGGGAUCAUCACAAGAUGCUCCACAAUAUAUUCCUCCGAGAAAUGUUCAACAUGGAUUUUCCCUAGAAACAGAAGUACAAACUACAACACGUGAAAAGGAAGUUCCUGUUUCCGAGAAUGUUAUCAGAGGAGUUUCACCGGAAUUCACAAACUAUGCUUCUACAAGUAAAGCAUCACGUCCACGAAGACGAGGAGGAUUAUUCAAUAUCUGGGGAACUGAACGAGGACUAAAUCUAAAUGAAACACAAGAAAGUGAUUCCACAUCGGAUAACUAGCUUAAUAAGAUUCGUGCUUU